AUGGAUCCUGAACAACACGAAAUCCGAUUCACAUGCUAUUGUACUCUUUGUAAAAAGUCACAGUUUUUCUCCGUUGCCAAUCCAAAGAUGAAAACAACGCGUCUCUCUAUUCUUAUCUUACGUUCGUUGCAUUGUCUGAAUCCACAAAAAGACUUUUUUUCAUUGAAAACGGACAUAUACAACUUUAUCACAGACCACUGGAACUUACUCGGGAAGUUAAAGCUAUUCCAAUCAGUGAAUUGGAAGAAGAACAUACUCGAUGCAUUUAAUCAUUGUUCACAAAUUGAGAGCGGGUUAGAGUCGUCAAAGGGGAGAGGGUUUUAUCGCCUGAAAAAGGAGGACGAGCAAGAAGACAAAGCGACAAAAGUGGAGUUGUUACGGGAACUCUACGAGAAGUAUGACGAGCUUGAAGUGGAGGUGAGAAAGUCUCUUCAUAAGUUGUGUUUGUAUAACAUCAAAAAUGGUCUUCAGGAACUCGAGGGGAAACUUACACUUCUCGACGUCGUCGACAGACAGCUUGCUUUUACAAAACAUAUCGGAACAAUGAGGUGCGAGUUGUGCAAUUUGAGAUAA